CCAUCCCGUGACGUCAUCAACUUUGCGGGAGAUUCCUGUGAUGACGUUUACUCAGAGAAAUGGGAAUUCCCACCACAAGCGAAAUACUGUAAUUUAUUGAAUAUGCAUUAUCAGUUCUUUUAUUUGGUGCAUCAAGCAUGACUUGACCACAUGAUAUAAUCAGAACCUGCAAAACAUGGCAGAAAGUGGCACGGAGCUUGUACAGCGUACUGGGUACCAUUAUGAUUACGGUGUUGAUGACCUUGAUGACAUAAGUUACAGCAGUGGAAGUGACACUGAUAGUGAUUAUGGAGCUGAUAGGGAGGACAAUGACGAGUUCCCAGAUGAUCGUGUCCCUAUCACUGAUCCUGGACCCUUCAAAUACAACAAGAAAAUGAUCAUUGUGUCAUUACCAUGUGCGGUGAUGGUUAUGACUUUAGUUGGUGAAAUAUUCCUGAUGGCAGCUAGCUUUGGGGCAGGGGUAAUUGUAAUCUUGGAUCCUAAAGGUGAAAAGAAAAGGUGUCUGAUACUGUUCACUCUGCUGUUUGUGUUUUGUCAUGCCUUUACAAUCUACUCAAUUAUUCCAUUACUAUGGUUGUCUUUGUUCAAUAUAUUUCUGAUUGGUGUGAUCAACAUGUAUGUGAUUCUGACAGGCGGGUUGAUAGCUCUACAGUUCACUUACUUCAGAAAAUAUGAACAAAAACUUGCCUUGACAGUUGAACGGAUGUUAUUCUCACUGUAUCCAUGGUGUUGUCUUACAUUGCUGACAUGGACAGCAUCCUCUCUCAUAAAGUGGCAGCUAAUUCCCUACGUCUUCCUUGCUUUGGGAUUUGUAUACCUGCAGAUGUUCCUUACACCUCACACGUCAUCAUUCAAAUCUUUGAAAGAAGAGAAAUCGGAAGAAUUAGAUCUUAGUGUUCUACCAGAAGUUCUCUCCCUUUUAAUGGCCAUUAUUUAUAGCAUCUCGCCGUCCAUGUUACAUAUGAUACUUCAUUUCAUCAAUGGUUCUUUCAGCAACCUUUUCUCCUUGACAGUGCUGAUGCACCUUGUGUUCAUAUUUUCUUUGAGUAUAUUCCUCACCACAUUGAUGAGCCUCCGAGGGAUCUUUGACUACACAGGUUGGAAGUAUGAGUAUGUUGUAUAUGGUAGGAUGAUCAGUGGAACCAUAUGUACCGCUCUGAUAUACCCUGUAUUGAUACACUAUCAACUGUCGUCACACUUCUUACCAUGGCUACCUGCAGGUGUAAUUGUUUAUGCAAUGUAUGGAUUCUUGCUGAGUGAUAAAAAAUUCAAGAGUUUGUCAGCAAUACUUCUGCCAAUUCCCUGUUUAUUGUUUGGUUACUGGUUGACAUGGUUACCGUGGAAAAUUGUAUUUACUCUUCUGUUUGGUAUAGAGAUAAAAUCCCUGUAUAUGCUGCUUCUGACAAACUGCAUAUUGUGUUUUCUGUGUGUAUAUUCUGCAGCAUAUUUCAACCAGAAUGUGUUUGAAAGUCUUGUCAUUAUAGAGAGUGCUGUGUUCACUUUAUGUGAAGUUUUACUCUGUAGUAGAGGACUAUAUCCCAAGUCUUUCCUUAUAAUCACCUCGGCCAUCAUCCUGUACACAUUUCACAGGUUAUUCACAUCAAAAAAGUUAUCUGCCCUGGCUACAACAGCAAGUUCCUCGAUACAUGUCACAAAGGCGUUGGCUGUGAUCAUCUACUAUAUGAUUGGUACAGAGGACCAGCUGUCUUUAUACAGAUGUGUAACUCUGUAUAUCUUAUCUGUAGUCAUUGUCAGGAUUACUUCCCUGGAUGGACAGACUGACCACCAAGUAAAAGAUGUCUUGUACAACAUUAUAGCUUUAUGUGUUGCCAUAGUGAUCAACAGCAAUCCCAUACUGCAUCUGUUGUGUGUAUAUGUAUUAUGGGAGGAGCCAACUACCACUGAUAUAUUAGGUUUAAGUGUGAUGGUUAGUGGUGCUUCUGUAGUGGUUGUUGGGUCCCUACAGCUACCAGAUGGUUCGGUACUAGCAGCACGGCAGGUUGGAGCUGUCUGUGCAAGCAUGGGAGUCCUUAUCCUGGUUCUACAACCACAGAUAACUCUAGCUUGGUUGAGUUUAUUACAGUGGGGUGAUCUUGCCAGUGUGGUCCUUAUAGCCUGGGUAUUGCUGUCCAGCAGACAAUUCUCUGUGAAUGAGUUAUACACACAGGCAGCUAUAACGGGCAUAUGUCCAGGCAUUAGAAUGUCUAUGUUGCUGUAUACAUACACAGAUGAGAGUCCUACCUGGGCUGUGAUUGGUCGAAGUUGUCUCUAUAUCCCAGCAUGCAUCUGUAUUGUGUCUCUGCUGUUUAUAUUCCUAAAAAUUGAUACAGCACAAAAACAACUGGAGAAAAAUUUACUUACAUUAUGCUGCUGUCUUGGGGUACUUUCCACCCUGUUGCUAUUUUUAGACAUGGGAAUCCGUGACAAGAAUGAGGCUUUUAUGUCACUUCCUGCUUGGAAACUGUCCUUGGUGACAACAGGGCUAGUCAGCUUUUCCCUGAAAAUACUCUCAACUACACAGGAUCUGUUGAUACCUCUAGUGGAAGAGAAGAAGGAAAAAGAAGUUCCACGUCUCCCUUUGAUAGGAAAUAUAUCUAGUAUUCUCACAUUCCUUCUUGCCUGUAUACAGGCACCUGUUCAUGGCAUAUUGUAUGACAUUUGGUGUUGUGGAGCAACAUUUAUCCUGUUGUGUUUACAGAAAGAUAGAAGACUUUUUUACAACAUUAAACAAGAGAACCAAAUAGUGCCGACUAUAUUUAUGUGUAUCGCAAUAUUAUACUGCUCCAGUAUAGUGCAUAGUGAUUUAUGGAGCUCUGGCGGUUUGUCGUUCCUACGUUCAAUAGUAGAAAUACUGUCAAUACUGUCUGUUUUGCCCAUGUUUUAUGUACUGUGGGGAAUAUUAUGGCAUUCUGCACUUGUUUUAUCAGAACAAGUGGUUGUGUUUUUGUUACCAUUGAAUGCAGUGUAUUUAUUGUAUGGCAGUUCAUAUACGAGUCAGGCGUUAGCUGUGGUUGGACUGUACUCCGGUAUUUGGAUGAUGAUUAUGAAACUGCCGCUUAAUCCAUAUAAGGCAAUUGACAGAUGACGAUGCAAAUAAAAGUAGUUCUUGUUAGACUACUGUAAAAACGAGAAGUGCUACCUGAUAUUAAAUAAUUGUGUCGUAGCUGGUUGAGAAAUAGUGCUCAAGGAUGGCAGUAUAGCUAAAAGCAGACAGCUGAACCAAGGAUUUUAUAAAGUAUUGUAAUAUUCUCUGUGACUUAAAUGACUUUUAAUGAAAGUCAUUUGAAAUGGCUUAAAGGAGUCAACAGAAUAACAAAUAAUGUGAAGUUUAGGAGAAUAGUUACAUACUCAAAGACUCAAAGGUUGAAAUUGACAGAUGGUUCAAGAAUUGUUCUAAUUGUAUUUUACAAAACUUCAAGAUAUACUAUAAAAAUGUGACCAGUA